AUGAAGACGUUUUCUGCCAUCACCAACUUUGUCACCGUGGUUACGGUGGUGCUCAACCUAUUCGUAUACUUCUACCCGGACAUCGUCAACCGCGACGGCCAGUGUGACUGGCACCGGUUCGACGACGAUACCCCUUUACCGAAAGCCAAAUACCCCUGGAUCGACCAAUUACCACCGGCAGUGAAGUCCAAAUUGCUUAGUAACUUUGCCAGUCUACGCCAGGACGACGGAUCAAGUGAAGACAUCCACAUCUUGACGUUUGGCGACCCUCAGAUCAACGGUAAUUGGCCGCUGACCCCCUAUAUCAAACGCCUCGAUAACUACGGCAAUGACUACUACUUGGGCCACAUCUACUCCAUCAUGAAACUGCGGCUUCGCCCGCUGCACGUGGCGGUGAUGGGAGACCAGUUCUCUCUGCAAUGGAUCUAUGAUCUGGAGUUCUACAACCGUACCUACCGGUUUGUCGAGCGUCUUUUCCCUAGAGACCCCGAAUACAAACAAACGGUGUUGGACUUUUGGCAACGGCAAGAGAACUUUGACUGGAUGGAAUGGAUGAGACAAGAGCAGGCAUUGGACCCGAACCAUCGCUUUUCGCUGCGCAAUUACGCCGACGUCUACGACUGGGUAUCUCUCGACCGUAACACCCCUAACUAUGACCAACCGCUUUUCAUUAACUUGACGGGUAACCACGAUAUCGGUUACCUGGGUGAUGCUACGUGGCAACACAUGGCGCGGUUCCACCAAUUGUUUGGUCAGAACAAUUACGUGAUCACUUACGAUGCUGGUACAGAGAAGGAAUGGCGGAUCAUUGUAUUAGACUCCCUCACCCUUGAAGGUCCUGCCCUUGAAGAGGAUUUCCGUAACUAUACCUGGUCCUUCCUCAAUCAUAUCAAGGCUGACCUUAACCCUAACUUUAAGGGUCCCACCAUUUUGUUUACCCACAUCCCCUUUUACAAGCGGGCCGGACUUUGUGCUGAUGGUCCCGAACACAAGUUCUAUAUUGAUUACGCCAAAGAACCUUACAAGAACGGCAAGCUCCGUCUGCAAAACCAUCUUUGGCACAACACCACCCAAACGGUGAUGGACAUCGUGUUCCCUAACCCGGAUCAAAACGGGAUGAUUUUGACGGGGCACGACCACGUCGGUUGUGACGACUGGUACAACUACAUCAACGGCGAGUGGGUGGCUCUGAAGGAGCGCCAGGAACCCCAGCGUAAGCUGGUGCGUGAGAUUGUGGUACGGGCAAUGAUGGGCGACUUUGAUGGCCAAACUGGUGUGUUUACUGGCCACUUCGACAAAGCCGACCACAAGUGGAAGUUCGAGUUUACCUACUGCCUGUUUGUUGUCCAGCACUGGUGGUGGGCGCUGAAGGUAUUGGCUCUUGUCACCUUGUUGCUCCAGCUGAUCAAGUUCUUAAUCUAG